AUGAGUGUAAAUCCUAACGAUCCCAAUAACAACAAUGGCAAUAAAAUCAAAUCACUAAAGGAUUUUAAAGCACCCCAAUUCAAGGAUGACGAAUUGGUCGUCUAUGUUCAUCCCUAUAACUUUCAUUCCCAAAAAGUUCUCUUAUUGCUGUACGAGAAAAAUAUUGACUUUACACCCUAUGUAGUGGAUUUGCUGAAUGGCGAACAAUAUUCCGAAUGGUUCCUAAAUUUAAAUCCCAAAGCCGAUGUGCCUGUAUUACAGGAUGGUUCCGUUGUCGUACCAGAUUCGGUGCAUAUUAUCAAUUAUGUUGAAAAUAAAUUCCAUGGAGGCGAUUAUAAGACACUGAAACCUAAACGCGGCAAUCCAUUGGAGGAUGAAAAAAUUCAAUUGUAUGAUCAAAUAUUGAAUCGUUUACCAGUUGGAGCCUUAAGUUUGGGAUCAUUUAUACAUGAUGAUUUGAAAUUGGUACCCAAGCCACCAUUUAUUGGACCAAUUCGCAAGACAUGUUUAAAAAAUAACGAGAAGGUACAUCAAUUACUUAAAGAAUCCAUAGAUCGGGCAGAGGACCACAAAAUGGCCUUGCUGCGUAAAUUGGAUUUACAAGAACGUAGAAAACGUCUCGUCUAUUCACGUUUAGAAUAUCAAAAGAUUCUGGAUGCCAUUCAAAAUGUAUUGCGUUUCGUUGAAGAUGACAUGAAUGCCAAUAGCCACAGAGAAUGGUUGGUGUCCAAUGAUUUCUGUAUGAUUGAUGUAUGCUUUGGUUUGCUAUUGUUGCGCCUAUAUCAAUUGGGCUUUGAAAACUAUUACUGGUCCUACGGUAAACUGCCACGCGUUGAAAGUUAUUUUUUGCGCUUUAAGAAACGCCCGUCGUACGAUAAACUAAUGCCCAGCAAUUUUGAAAUACUCAAGGACAUUUGGCAAAUGACUCCAUCGAAUUAUAUAAUUGGCGCUGGAGCUGGUGUUUUGGGUAUGGCUGUUUUUGCUGCAUUUGCUCACAAAUAA